AUGGACGGAUCACACGACUGUGAUGUAAAUACUAGGUGCAACAAUACCUUAAGAUCUUACAAUUGCACGUUUAAAGAUGGAAUUCAAGGAAAUAGAACUAACUGUACACGUAACUAGUUGCAACACAUUAUACUCUCUAUUUUUUCGAUGAUACUUAUCAUGUGAGCAAGUCAAAAUAACCUUCAUACACUAAUGAUAUUUAUUUUUUUUGUCUCAGACAUAGAGGAGUGUUUGAACGGAACACACGGUUGUGAUGUGAAUGCUGAUUGUAAAAAUACCGUGGGAUCUUAUAACUGCUCGUGUAAAGAUGGAUUUCUUGGAAAUGGAACUAACUGCGCAGGUAACAAGGCGUUACUUAUGAGAGAUGCUGCAGAGAUACUUAUGAGACAUGCUGCAACUGUCUAAUCUUCAUUCACGGAGGUGCAGUAAAGAAUAACAGCACUGACUUAAAUGGUCUUCUUUUUCUUAUUCUAGACAUAGAUGAAUAUACUAACGAAACACACAGCUGUGAUGUUCAUGCUGAGUGUAACAAUACCUUGGGAUCGUACAAGUGCACGUGUACGAGCGCGGGCUUUUAUGGAAAUGGAACACACUGCACAGGUAAAUACAUCCUCUUUAUGAAGGCCUCUUGUUCACAACGGCAACAACAACGGCAGUAAGGAGAGGCCCAACCAACAACCCAGUGUUAAAACAGAGCGAUAUAAAAUGAACCUUUUUUCAAUUACACUCGUUAUCCUGCUAACCGUAAAAAUGACAGCAAAGACACAGGAUACUUAUCUGGCGUAUUGCGUAUUUAUUACACAGGAUUUACAGCUGUGUCCGCAAAUCUUGACAAGAAUGGAAGGAAGGGUCCAGAAUCAAUUGGCAGUCACUACAAAGGUCAGGAUCAUGACGGACAAGUUACAUUAUCCAGCGGUAUUCAGCUGUGGACUGUGCCACACACUAGUGAAUAUAGAAUAGAGGCAAUAGGAGCCCCAGGGGUGCAGUGA